CACUCUAUUGGGCACAGAAGCCGAAAGACAGAAGCGAAAGAGAAAGACAGAAAAUAAAGGAACGAGAUGAGGUUGCUAACUCACAACAUGUUGUCGUCAAACAUCAAGGGGGUAACUAACGGCUUCCCUCUUAGGAUCGAAGUGGAGAAAGUGGUGGAGAAGCAAGUCGAGAUCAACCACGAUUUCCUCAUGAACAUAUUUCCGAAGAUCGAUUGGAAAGCGUUUUUCGACGCUUCGAGAGUCAUGGGCUACGUCGAGCUUCCCGAGGAGGCACCUGAGCCGUCGGUGUUAGAAUCGGACCUGGAGUUCUUGAGAAAGUUCCAUCAUGCACUCUUGGAGCUUCAUCUUGAGGAAGGUGCCCUUGUUUGCCCCGAGACGGGCAGAAAGUUUCCGGUUAACAAGGGAAUUCCUAACAUGCUUCUACAUGAGGAUGAGGUUUGAGAAAUGGUUCCCGAUACGGCUGCCUACUGCCCAUGUGGGGGUUUUCCUUAGGGUUUUUAUUUUUCUUUUCUUUUCUUUGUUUCUCUGUUUAGUCUUUCUUUGGGGAUAAUGUGUUGUUUGUUUAACUAUAGGAUUGAAGAUUGAUUCGAAAAAAUGAGCGUUCUAUCCAUGAUUGAUGACUACUAGCAAUGAGGUUAGAAGCUGUUAAAAAAAUUUGUUAUCGCUCCCAUGUCUUUUUCAGAUGAAUUUGUAGAGGUUGGAAAUUGUUGGAAAAUGAAAAUUGAACGCCAGACAGAAAUUAUUUACUAA